AGUGAUCUGCUUGCGUUAGAAAAUAACGUUGAGUACAGUAAUUUGAACUAAUUUGUAAGUAGUGUAAUACAGAUAUGUACAGUAUAUUCAUGCGUUACAUAAGUUAUUAGUAAACAGGAAAUAGGAAUUGCGUUUGAUAUCAUCGUACCACUUCUCAAUUUCCCGUCGCUUGCUCAGUUAAGUAUCCAUCACGCGAGGACGAAUUGUUUUACCUAUAGCCUACGGCCCUACAGGCUACAGAAAUCAUGGCAUGUUGUAUCGCUCAUCUUGCAAGGAUCCCGACGAAGUGCUUGAGCCAUCAUAUAAACCUUGCAGCAAUAAGAAAAAUUGGGAGACUCGGGAUUCGGGGGAGCAGAUUCACUGUCUCAACGAGGGACGCUCCGUUGAACGACCAAACACGUUGGUUUGGCACGGUUACUCCUUGUUUCACCAUUAAGGAUGCGGAUCGUACGAAGACCACAGAGUUAAAAAAAGGACAUCAGCCACAGCAGAAUUCAUCGAACAUUCAGCUGCGAAUCGACAGCAAAAUAUUUUCCGUGAACAAAGACGCCCUGAUCCAAGGCUCACCGUACUUCGCCGCCAUGUUAAGUGGACAUCUCCCGGAAAAUAACACCACCAGCAUCGUGCUCCAUCGACCCGCGAACGUCCAUCAUCCAACACUGGUCACAUUGGUAAAACACUUGAGCAGUGGAGACCGCAUUUACAAACUAUCCUUUAAGCGCAAAGAUGCCGUUAAUUUGUGGAUGGCCGCCAAAUACUUGCAGAUGGACGGAGCCGUCGCGAAGGCUGAGCAUAUCCUGCGCGAGAUAAUGCGGCGACCGGAGAAUGUGUACCGAUUGUGGCGCCUGGCGCGCCGGGAUGGACUGCCGGAUCUGGAGAAACUAGCCGUAGCGAAGAUUCUCCAGCAACUUCCCCGCCGCUCCGAGUUCGCUGAGUCCGAAUUGUUUCUUCAGUGCAGUGUGGAAGAGGUCAUGGAUCUGCUGACUAAUGAGGCGUACAUUCCACAUUCCGAAACCGCAGUGUAUCGGGCAAUAGUGCGUUGGUGCAUGCACGACGCCGCCGAACGUAUGCAGUACAUACAUAAACUGUUGGAUGGAUACGUCGUGUGGGAUAGCAUGGAUAUUGAAUCGCUGAUAGCUUCCACUACCGGUCCACUGCAAGCCGCUUUAACACGAAUUCGUGCUGAUCGACACCGCGGUCUGAUGGGCGGUGGUAGGUCGCUCAAACGUGCGAUCCCGAAAGAAGCUAUCUUCUACCACAUGCGCGACGGGCACCCGCAUCAGCUUCUUCGCUUCGAUUUCCUCCGCAACGAGCUGACCAAGCUGGACACACCGCUGCAGGCGACGCUGGCCGAACGCUGGCCGACGAUCCAAGCCGAUGGUUUUGCGGUGGCCGUCGGAAGGGAACUGAUCGUCGGCACCACAUCGCCCGAUCCGUAUCAUCACGAAAUGAUGGCCAUGGACUGUAGCACCGGCUGCACACGGACGAUUAUGCUGCAGUCGCCCUUCAGCGGGUGCAUGUGCGUGGUGGCGGUGGGCAGUGAAGUGUACGGUGCUGGUACAGCGAUGAGUAGUCACAGCGAACGAUGGUACUGCUUCGAUGUGGCUACCGGGCAAGCCCGGGUAUCGGAGCUGCCUUUCUACACUUUUGAGAAGCCGGCUAUGCCGCCAAACAUUCCGCCGGGGAUGCAAAUGCUGAUGGAUGUACUGAUCGACGGUAUAGAGGCCGUGUACCUGCGAUAUUACCGCGCAUCUAUGGAGGCCUACCCUCUCCCUCACGGUCGAAUCUGGUUUUCAUCCGUCGGCUCCGUUGAUGAGAAGCACGACAAUCAUCCCGAGAGUAUGGUGGAGCUGUACGACAUCCAGACCAACAAAUGGACGAAACACACCGGUUGGACGGACGAACACAAGUUCCAUCAUCGCUGCGGGACGAUCGUCUUCCAAGGAUACCUGUACUUCAUGGGUGGCUGUGUGGACGCCGAGGAAUCGUUCUACUGGGAGAAAAAUGGAAAAGCUGUGACAGCCUGCUACCGUGUCUCCCUAAGCCACGCCCAACCCGAACCGGAGCGCAUCGCGGACCUAAACGUGGCGCGUUACCAACACUGCAUCUUCAUCAAGGACGGGCGGAUCUGGGUGUACGGUGGAACGACCCACGUGGCCGGGGACAAUCAGCGAAAACGGGCGCUGACGUCCUUUGAAGUGUACGAUGUCGAGGCUGAACAGUGGACCGUGGUGGAUGUGCCUAUGUCCAAGGAACUGCAGGCGGAAGUAGCUGGAGGGUAUUACGCGCAGAAGACAGUCUGUCUGCCGCUCCAGCAUCGUCUGUCGACGGUAUGCGAUGGUCGUAAUUUUCAGCGUCACGGCGAUUACGACGAAGAUAGAUAUUUUUAUCGAAUGUCCGAUAAAUUCAACGACAACCGGAAAGCCGAUUGGCCGGCUGGUUUGGAUGGUUGAUGCUGUGUUCUGCUAAACGUUCUUUUUUUUGCAUUUUUCAUUUUUUCUUACGGUUUUUGUGUUCACAGGGAUGAUAGUCUCCACUUCAUGCUGACUUUUAUCUACGCAUGUGAGCAAUAUUUUGUGGUCUAGAAC